CUCUCAUUGCCCGAACCUUGGACCGGACUUUGGACAAAUUCAUAUCUUUCGAGUUCGAACCGCGGUUCUGAACUGAACUCGGCCACCACUAUCAGUAGCACUGUGGCAGUGACGGGCGCUGUGAGUACAAUAUAUAGGCUAUAGCAGGGCAAUCAGAGUCCGCACACAAUCCACUUAUCUCUCAUUCCAAUAUUAAAGUGUUAUGGCUCAAGCCAACAAGCCUCAGGAGUUUGAGACCCUGCAGUUGCACGCUGGUCAGGCUCCUGAUCCUACCACAAACGCUCGCGCAGUUCCCAUCUACGCCUCCACUAGCUUCGUAUUUAACGACUUUAAGCAUGCUGCAGACCUUUGCAGCCUCAAGGCUUCUGGACACAUUUAUUCUCGUAUCGGGAAUCCCACUGUCGAAGUAUUUGAGAAUCGAAUUGCUGCCCUUGAAGGUGGCGCUGCGGCCGUCGCAACGGCCUCCGGUCAAUCUGCACAAUUCCUUGCUAUCUCCACAAUAGCCAGUGCAGGUGACAACAUCGUCUCGACAUCAUAUCUCUAUGGAGGAACUUACAGCCAGUUCAAAGUCACCUUCAAAAAGUUUGGUAUCGGUGUAAAGUUCGUGGAUGGCGAUGAUCCCGCGCUUUUCGCAGCAGCAAUCGAUGAGAACACAAAGGCAAUCUUCGUCGAGAGCAUUGGUAACCCCAAGUACAAUGUUGCCCCCAUUCCUGAGCUAGCCAAAGUUGCACACGACAAUGGUAUCCCCUUGAUCGUGGACAAUACGUUUGGAAUGGGAGGAUACCUCAUCAGACCCAUCGACUUGGGCGCAGACAUCGUUUUGCACAGUGCAACCAAAUGGAUCGGAGGUCAUGGAACAACAAUAGCAGGUGUUGUCGUCGAUUCUGGCAAGUUCGACUGGGCACGCUCGGGCAAAUUUCCGUCGUUCACUUCUCCCUCCGAGGGAUACCAUGGCUUGGUCUUUCACGACACAUUUGGUGCCGUCGCUUUCGCUAUCAAGCUUCGCGUCGAGCUCCUCCGCGAUUUGGGUCCAGCUAUGAAUCCAUUUGCUGCGUUUUUGCUCCUUCAGGGUAUUGAAACGCUCAGCUUGAGGGCUCAGAGGCACUCCGAAAACGCUUUGGCGCUUGCUCAGUGGCUGUCAAAACAUGAGAAGGUCGCAUGGGUCUCCUAUCUUGGCCUAGAGUAUCACUCCUAUCACCAGAGGGCGAAAAAGCUUCUCCGCCCAAAUGCCUAUGGCGGUGUCCUCAGCUUCGGUGUCAGAGGUCAUGCUAGUGUGGCAGGCACGGUCGUCGACAACCUGAAACUAGCUAGUAAUCUUGCAAACGUUGGUGAUGCCAAGACCCUUGUCAUCCACCCUGCAUCGACGACACACCAGCAACUCAGUGAUGAGGAGCAGCUAUCUUCGGGUGUCACGCCUGAUCUGAUCCGAGUGUCCGUGGGCAUCGAACACAUCAAUGAUAUCGUCGCAGACUUUGAGCAGGCUUUGACGCAUGUGCCUUGAUUUCCAAGGAGGAAUGAAAUUUGUACUGGUACUAUUCCUUACAUAGUAGCUAAUCGGGCAAGUUCGCCAAAAAAGUUGUAUACAAUCUCUCACGUCUGCCAAAUUCAUCGAACGAAACGGUCGUAUCAUAAAGCACUCAAAAGUGCCAUUCUU